AAGGACUGGACGGAGACACAACCGAACCUCGUUUCUGUUUGAUGUGCAGACGGUCCAGUCUGACAUCUUUGGACUAAAAAACAAACUUCCUCCAGAAUUCCCGCAACGCAUCUGCACUGAACAUCAUGAUGACUAAAUCUUAUACAAGAGCAGUGGAGGGCGAGGAGGUUGUCAGCCCUCUGCAGUGGAUAGAAGGAGACACAAGCUCACCAGAAGGAAACUCUUCUGUCCCAUCCCACUGCUACGGAGCAGGUGGAGUAAACCAACAGACCCCAGAGAUGGGAAGUGAGGAUGCAGAGGAGGAGGAGGAGGAGGAGCAGGAAGGACAGGAAGAACAGGAAGAUGAAAAUGAGACCAAGCGGCGAGGACCCAAAAAAAAGCGAAUGACAAAGGCCCGACAGGAGCGUUUCCGUGCUAGACGUAUAAAAGCCAACGCCAGGGAGCGCUCGCGCAUGCACGGUUUGAACGAUGCACUGGAGAAUCUGCGCAGCAUCAUGCCCUGUCACUCCAAAACACAGAAACUGUCUAAGAUUGAGACUCUACGACUUGCCCGCAACUAUAUCUGUGCUCUGACUGAGGCUCUGGAUGGGGGUCUGUCUACAGAGAGCAGAGCUUUCAUGGAGACGCUGUGUAAGGGACUCUCACAACCCACAACCAACCUGGUGGCUGGCUGCCUACAGUUGGGACCAGCUUCUGGGACUGGGAUGAGUCCUGAAGACAGACAUGGAGUUUGUCCACCUCCUAAUCCUCAUGCUGGUAUGGCCAGCUAUGCCUCCCCAGGCCUGCCAAGCCCUCCGUACGGCACCUAUGACUCAGCUCACAUGCUUCAUCUGAGGGCCAUAAAAGCACAGCAGUAUGAGAACCACUCACCACACGAGUAUAACGCUGGAGGUGUGGGGACCCCACCAUAUGAUGGCCCCCCUACGCCCCCCCUGAGCAUCAGCAGUAACCUGGUACCCAAACAGGAGCCAUCACCCCACUACCCACCCCCGCACCAAUACUCCCCCUCCCCUGUAGACCAGGUUCUCUAUCAGACUGGAUAUGAAGCUCACUUAGACGGGCCGUAUGACUCGUACCACCCACCACACAUGAUCCCUAGACAGAGGCCGUCCAUCUACAGAGACUAGAUGGAUGUCAGAUCCUUCAUGACCCCUGACCCCACUGUCUCAGAAUGAUCUCUCAGAUGAUGGACUGCCUGUAGACGAUCUGUAGCUUUAUUUUUUUAACAUAUGUUGUGCAUUUGCACUAUAGGCUAGCACUGCUCAUCACUGUUACUGUUCAUUAGAAAAUGCUUGACUUUUAACCAACCACUGACCUUCAGAAGUGAUUACCAAAUGAUCCAGGGACCUUACAUGUCCUGACUUUAGCCAUUUUGACCUGUUGCACUUCUAAUUUAGCUUUGGCAACACAAAAGAUUCAUUAAUAAUUGUUAUUUAUUCGUUAAUUUAACACUGUAUGUGGAGUUUGUUCUGAUAUGAGUGUUUUGCUUCUUUUGUGAAAAUUUGUUGUCAAGGCUUCUCUUUAGUCUAGUUAAGUCCCUUAUAGUUAUUUUGUGUGUGUGUCCUUUUAGCAUUUGAUGUUUUUGCACUCCAAGCCCACUCAGAGGUAGAUUUGUAAAUAAUCCUUUUUUAAAUUGUGGCUGUUGAAUAUUAUAAAACAAAAAAAAAGGUGGGAAAUUCAUUUGUGGCAAAAAACAACAAGAACAACAACAACAACAACAACAACAUCAAUAAUAAUAAUAAUAAUAAUAAUAAUAAUAAUAAUAAUACAUUCGCAGGUCAAAAUACUGAAAUCUUUGUACUGUCUGCUUUUCUGUUGUAAAUCUAUUCAUCUGUGUUUCUUGUGGAGCAAAAUAUUUGUAUUAAAUUAUAAAUACGUCA